AUGCUUCUCCCACUGGUACUCCUGGGAGUAGCAUGUGCUUACGGCCACCAUGUCGGCCAAGAGUCAGGUUAUGGAGGAACCCAGCACGAGGUUUGCGAUAAGGAACAAUCAGCGCAAAGAGAUGGACAAUCUAACCAGGGCGGAGGUGGAGGAGGUGGAGAAGAGGCAGCACAGAGCCCAGUUGCUGCUCCUGCAUCUCCAGGGAGCGUUGCUGCUCCUGCACCUGCUCCUGCUCCAAGGAGCGGCUACAACCCGUUUACAGUACCACUACAAGCUCAGUCAAGUCCAUUGUUCUUGGAAGCUCCUCCAAUGGUCCAAAGUAGCCCUCAGUCAGGAGGAGGGGGAGCUCCAAUGGCUGCCGCUCCGGUAGAUGAAGCUGCAGAAUUCGGCGUUGUGCUCACACCUAUAGGUGGAAAUAAUGGAGGUGGUGAAAGCAAUGGCCCCGUGGCUUCCGCACCUCUCAGUAGUCAGGGCGGAGCAACUGAUGGAGACAGGUCCGGACAACAAAGCGGCGGAUAUAGACGUUUCAAUCGCCAUAUGAUGCAGAUUUUCUAG